ACAAAGUGAUGUCACUUCCGGUAUAGCCAAAACAUGAAACUCGGCUGAAGCUGUGUCAUCGGAGUUGGGAUUGAUACAGUGUAAAUUAUUAAUGACAGAGGGAGUGGGUUCAUCUUGAAAAUGUCGUACCAGUCAACACUCGAUCCUGAUGAACAGUUUGAUUAUUUGUUUAAAAUAGUGUUAAUUGGAGAUGCAGGUGUUGGAAAAACCUGCGUUGUGCAGAGAUUCAAAUCGGGAACUUACACAGAAAAACACGGUAGUACCAUCGGAGUGGACUUUACAAUGAAAACUUUGAACAUUGACGGCAAACUUGUGAAGCUGCAGAUCUGGGACACGGCAGGCCAAGAACGGUUCCGAACCAUCACCCAGAGCUACUACAGAAGUGCUAAUGGCGUUAUCAUAGCCUAUGAUAUCACAAAACGGUCUACCUUCGACAACAUUCCUCGCUGGCUUGAAGAUGUAAAGAGAUAUGCAGGAACAUCCAUUGUGCAGUUGAUGAUAGGCAAUAAGAAAGAUCUGGAGAGUUUGCGCGAGGUGAGCGGUGAGGAGGCGAAGAACUAUGCCCACAACUGUGGGAUGUUGGACUCCCUGGAAACCAGCGCCAAGGAUAACACCAACAUAGAUGAGGCAUUCAUGCAGAUGGCAAAGGAACUGAAGCGUCGGUACGGAGGCGAGCUGGGGCUAGAAGGAAGUGGCGAGAGAAUCAGUCUCAACUCAUCCCAGGUCGGCAUGGGAUGGCCAUGCUGUGGAAAAUCGUAGUUGAGGUCAAGGUCAUUGAAGGGUAAACUACAUUGCCGGAGAGCUCAUUGAAUUGAGCGAAAGCUUAUCCCAGAAAUAUGAAACAAUGGUCUCCUCAGUGAGAGAAAUGUUGACGGAUGCCGUUGAUUUGUGUCAUCUUUUAUCCUGCAGUCGGAAGAAGGUUUCACUGUGAUUCUCUUAUGAAACCAUUGAGGUUUAGGCCAUGUGUGUAAAUAGAUUUAUUUAUGAGGCUUGUCUGUAGUAUUUGAGUCAGUCAUUUGACAUACAGUAGUUCAUGUAUAAUUUGAUAAUUUGUCUCAAGUGAUUACGCUUCAUUGCUCUCAAAAAUCAGUUUAGAUUUGUAGUAAUUACCAUCAACUGUUUGCAGAGAAAGAUUUAGAUCAUAGUUAAUACACAUAAAGAUAGUAUGUACUUUGAAGAAUAGUGAAUAUGUUCUAUUUAUAGCUUUUAAAGUACUUGGAAAGUCCUCGAAAUCUUAAGUAGGUACAUCUCGUGAGGUGCUUGAAUUCCUUGUAAAGGUCAAGGGCAAUCCAUGUGUGGAUUAAGAGGCACAGAGACAACCUACUGAUAAUAUACCUGCAGAUUUUUCAUUGCAAGUCUGUUGGAUUAUUGAAUGUGAAGUUUUCGAUGCAUUUUUUGUAAGCUCGUUGAAGUGGUAAUGGAGUCUGAGGAGAAUGUGAAGUGAUGGUGUUCUUGAAAUGUACUUACAAUGGUCAUGUGACGUCUGCAUCAAUACGGAACUAUUACCAUGAUAGUAAUCAGUUGUCCUGUCGACACAAUGAUUAUUUCAUGAAUAUUAUAUGAUUUGUAUGUGACAUACAUGUAGUUUGAUAUGGGACAUGGCAUCUUCUGAUGUACAUACAACAGCUUAUAAUCUCUUAGUCAUUCCAAACACAUUGCAACCAUUGGUGUCUGUAUUAGCGACAUCUCAUUGCGAGGAGUGCUUGUCGUGGAAACAAUAUGUCUGAAGUUUUAGAAUUUGGAUAGUUGAAAUGAUAUGAUGAGAAAUGUCAGCUGAAUUGAUCAUACUGUACAAGAUCAGAUUUGUUAUGAUCAGUGAUGUUUGAUUUUACGUCAUUUUUACGGAAAUCAUAGGUUAAUUUGUGCACAUGGGGAAACUGUGUAAAUUCUGUGCUUUGUGUAAUUUGUUGUAAUAUGGAUGAAUUAGUCUGAAAGCAGUAUGAAUCCUGUUAAAUUUGGAUUGAUUGACGAUUCCAACUCAUAUCAGGUGUCUAUUUAGACUUCUCAGAGGCUGGUUUUUUAUGUGUCUGUGGAAAAGUCAUUAAAAAACCCUGACGUAAAUGAAACAUUUUCCAAUUUCAUUCUAAAAUGAUGAAAUGUUUAUAAAGCUAAUAACCCAUGUUUUCUUGUUGAAUUGAUCUGUGUUUUAUUGAUGACAGUUCCAGUAAGUAAGAACAGGUUUUAAUCUUUGGUUGUAUUUUAUUUGAUUUAAAAUGUAAUGUUUAAAGUACCUCUGAAUAUAAGAAAUUAAGAAUUUUUAAAUAAUCCCAAUUUUGAAAAAAUAAUUAUUUUUAAGUUGAUAGCCAGUGGACAGUCAGUGUCAUCUACUGGACAGUUAGUGUCUGAGAUGUCUACACAUAACAAUUGGGGCGUCACUAUCAAACUUCAUGUCGAGAUUGAUUCAGAAAUGUCAGUGUUGAGCUGAUGCUAGUGAUUAGAGGAGAUUAACAUGCCUGCUUGUCCAGCUGCCUGACUUGUUGAUGCAUCCAUAGAUGCAAUGCUCCUGAUGUAAAUCAUUAGAUUGUCUGGUCCAGACAAAGCCCAUCCUGUAUGGAAUAUAUAGCUGGCAAUGUUAAAUGAAAAAGAAAGAAAGUUAAUGAGGAUUAUUUAGUUAUCAUGCCUGACAAGAAUAAAGUACGCAGUCUGUGCAGCUUUAAUACUGCUUGGAUACUGCUCUAAUACUUAAAGAAAGGAUCUAGUAUGAAACCUGUUACAGUAUUUGGCAUUUACACCAAUAAUGUGACCUGCCCUCAGCACCUUAUGGUGGUCAGAGGAGGCGACAAAAGGGACCUUGUAGUCAGGUUCAGUGACUGGGCUAAUACUGUGUCGCCUUACAAGAUGGUGUGGAUUGUUGCUCUUCAUUUCAAUCACUUGUUUGUUGAGAUAGGUUAAUUACAGUCUGCCAUGAAGUACCGGGUCCUGUUGACC